AUGGCAAGUUAUGCUCAAGAAGAGGACGAGUUUCAGGAAUGUUACGAACCUUUAGAGCCAACAUUACGAAAUGUUAUUGAUCAGUCUUCGUUACGCUGGAUAUUCGUUGGUGGUAAAGGCGGUGUUGGAAAGACAACAUGUAGGCAAGAUAAGAGAGCACACCUGAAGCGGACAGUAUGUUGUAGCUUAGCAAUACAGCUAGCCAAAGUUCGUGACUCCGUUUUAAUUGUUUCCACCGAUCCGGCCCACAAUAUCUCUGAUACCUUUGGCCAAAAAUUUACUGGCGAAGCAACGCCAGUAAACGGAUUCAACAAUUUGUUCGCUAUGGAAAUCAACCCAGCAUCAACUCUUGAUAACGUGACAAAUAAUUCUAGCAAUCCACUUAUAAAAAAUUUGAUGAGUUCUAUUCCUGGGAUUGAUGAAGCCUUUGGUUUUAUGGAAGUUCUAAAUUUAAUUAAAGACUAUAACUUCUCUGUCGUGGUAUUCGAUACUGCCCCUACUGGCCAUACUUUGCGAUUUUUAUCCCUUCCGAAGACAUUUGAGGGAAUCCUCCCAAUGUUUUCAGGUUCUGCAGCACAACAGUCAGUCGUUAAUCAGUUUGCUAGUCUUAUGGGGUUUAAAUCACUUGGUGAAGGAGAUAAUGUUCACACAGCUAUGCCGCUAAUCCAAUCCGUUAGUGAACAGUUUAGAGAUCCUGAAUUAACUACCUUUGUUUGCGUGUGUAUUGCUGAAUUUCUUUCACUAUACGAGACUGAGAGACUAGUUCAAGAAUUGUCAAAGUUUGGCAUUGACACUCAUAAUGUUAUCGUAAAUCAACUUGUCUUUCCAUCGACAGACAAAAGUUGCGAAUUAUGUUCCGCUCGCCAAAAGAUCCAAAAGAAGUAUCUUGAUCAGAUUAUCGACCUAUACGAAGACUUUCAUAUUAUUAAGCUCCCCUUAUUACCCCAUGAAGUACGAGGAUCAAACCAUUUAAGAAUGUUUUCAGAGUACCUGUUUAAAGGCUAUUCGGUAUCGUCAUGA